GUCGCUUUGGUGGCCGAUCUUACAGUCCGCUGACUGAAUCUUACAGCAUCCGCUGUGGCACUACCUUCUUACGCACUACAAGGAACACAACACCCUUGUCGAGGGUCCGCUGAAUAACCUACAGGCGAGCAUGAUCCAAUUCAGCAAACCUCGUCGCUCCCUUGUCAAGUCUAUGGACCAGUUCCGUCGUCACGAGACAAACGCGCGGGAUUAUAUCCCCAGUACUGGAGGUGCAGGCAGAUCUGGAACACCAAGUCGCUUCGAUACUAGUUUCUACCGCACCCAUGAUGCUCUUGGGUAUAUUCCAUCUGACGUGCAGUCUCUACGCUCGCAAGCCACUUAUUCUUCUGGGCUCCCCAUGUUCGCAGCGGCUGGUGGAUUUGGUCCUGGUAUGCCCCGCGGCUCUGGGGGUGUCGGGAAGCGCAGCGCGUACGGUAGUUACGCCAGUUCUAUUAUCUCCCAGGAUGCUGGACCGCCGAGCACCGCAAGCAUCGGCGGUUCUACCAUGGCGUUCUCGCAGUCGGACCGUUUACAGAGGCGUGGCUCCUUCUCCUCUGCUGCCGGUGCAUCUGACAUGGCCAGCAUGAGCGGGUAUGAUUACAAGAGUCAGGACGGCACGACAGACCUCGACGAUGUAAAGAGCCAGUAUGCGGGGACACAAUCGGGCGUGACAGUAUUCUAGAUGGCGCGAGUUCUUCUACUGCCGCGAAUCUUAUGCGCGCACUCGAUGACUGCGCGAGCUGGUAUAUGUGGGACUGGUUCGUAGCUGGUGACGCCACGACCAGCUAGGCUGGCUCCCUUGCACUUCUUGUCGCAUCUUGGCAGCCUGUCGGUAUCUUCGGGUUAUCCCUUUUCUUCAGAGCGAGCCGACGACAGUCUCCUCGUCGCGUGCGCAAAUGCUACGGUACAUUCGUACGUCUGCGUAGUUGUCUGCGUGCUGCUCGCCGCCUAAGCGGUGUU